CUAACAGAGUGCGUUCUUUUAGGCAGACUAACUGAAGAAUGAGACUUUUGCUAGUUCUUUUGGCAGUGAUUGUCCUUGCCGAGGGUCACGUCGCGUCUUUGUUACCCAUGUGUGAUAUGUGCAAAGGUUUGGUCAGCACCUUAAAAGGAAAUGUCGAAGGAGGAGUUAACGGUGUUACACAGGAGCUUGCAAAAAAGUUCUGUGAGGACAACUUUCCCGUCUUUCCAGACGUAUGCAUAAGCAUGGUACAGAGCAACAUAAAAGGAAUUAUGGCAGGAAUAAUGAACAAGGUCGACACGGAAAAAAUUUGCAUGCAUAUGCUACUAUGCUGGUAAAUCCAUAAAUUUCAAUAAAGACUUCAUGUAUAUCUGAUGUCUCAGCAGACUAAUUCUCAAGUAAUGGCAAGAUUAGCUGAAAUGGGAUGAUGAUAUACAAUUAUGUGAGGUUUUCCCACUGUGGAUGUCUCUUACCUAUCACUUGAAUACUGGAUAAACAACUUGCAUAUA